GCUCUGUCACUGAUAGCAACAGUCCUGUUUUUUGUCACUCACACAUCACUAGACUGAGAUUCCUCCCUGUGAGAGCUGAGAUGUUUAAUGCCAUGAUGGACGUCAUGCAGGGCUUUGGGGUGAGCAGCACUCACUACCUGCAGACCAACUACAAAGACGCCCAAGGUUUGUUUCUCUGGGUGUCCUGGGCGGCGGAUCUCAGGAACACCUUCUUCAUCUUCUUCCCACUUUGGUUUCAUCUGCGGGCUUCAGUGGGCAUUAAGCUCAUCUGGGUGGCUGUGAUCGGGGACUGGCUCAACCUGGUGUUCAAAUGGAUUCUGUUCGGAGAGAGGCCGUACUGGUGGGUCCACGAGACGGCUCAUUAUGCAAACACUGUUGCGCCUCACAUUGAGCAGUAUGCCAUGACCUGUGAAACUGGGCCAGGCAGUCCUUCUGGCCAUGCUAUGGGAGCUGCAGGCGUCUACUACACCCUGGUGACCUCCAUCCUCGCCGUAAUGGCCAGCAAGAAGAAACCUGCGAGCAAGAAAUCCACCAGCAAGCUCUGGUAUCUGAAGGCCGUUCUGUGGACGCUGUUUUGGGGAGUCCAGGUGUGUGUCUGUUUGUCCAGGGUGUUCAUCGCCGCACACUUCCCCCAUCAGGUUGUUGCUGGUGUUAUCACAGGUAUGAUCGUGGCCGAGGCUUUCAACAGAAUUCAGUGGAUCUACAAUGCCAGCAUGAAGAAGUACUUCUACACCACUUUCUUCUUGACCUCCUUUGCUGUCGGCUUCUACCUCCUGCUCAAAGCUGUGGGUGUGGACCUGCUGUGGACUCUGGAGAAAGCUCAGAAGUGGUGCAUCAAGGCUGAGUGGGUCCACCUGGACUCCACGCCCUUCGCCAGCCUCCUCCGCAACAUGGGCACCCUGUUUGGCCUUGGCCUUGGCCUGCACUCACCACUCUACACGGAGACCAAAAAGAGCAACAGCACGGCGGCCAAAGCGGGAUGCAUCAUCGUCUCUCUAUUCCUGCUGCACCUGUUUGACUCCUUCAGGCCUCCCACGCACACUGCAGCGCUCUUCUACCUGCUGUCCUUCUGCAAGAGUGCCACCGUGCCUCUGGUCACCGUCAGCCUCAUUCCGUACUGCGUCAAUAGAGCUAUGAGCAUGCACAGCAAAAAGGGAGUGUGAGCUGUGAUUAUAAAAGACUAUUGAAAAGGAAGUCUUUUCCUGAUAAAGUAAAAAAAAAAAAAAACUCUCCUCAGGUGCUUAUUGCAUCCACAUGACCAGCUGAUCCUCCAGAAAUAUACCGAACUCUGAAUACUGUGAUACCAAAGAGAAAGCACUAUCCAAGAUGCCCGGUGGCACAAAUAACUAUUCUGAAGUAAGCAAAACACGAUAAUUAGGGUCAUUUCAGAGUCCAGGCACGAGUACAGCGGCAAAUGUUUGCUGAUCUGUCACUCAAAGAUAUUAUUUCAGCUGGGAUAGUGGUGUAUUUUUAAAUGCUAUAGAAAAUAUUUUUGAAAAUGUUUGUAUUUUUUAAUAAAAAUCUUGAAUGAA